AUGUUAAAGCAAAACGUUUUAUCGUCAAAUGUUGAACAAACUACUGAUCUACCGUCAACUAAUCCAAAUAUUGAUGCUUAUCCAAGAUUGUCAGGUUGCCUAUUAAAAAAUAAUUUGUCAGAUAAACUACAUCAUUCAUCUAAGCAGGUUAGAUUUCGUCCAAAUGUUAGCAUAGAUUCCACCAAUCACCUAGCUGAUGAUCUGUCUUGUGAUGGUCUCAAUGAGUUAAACACUGUAACAUCAUCUAUUGAUAAUUCAGACUCUAUUCCUCAUUUACGGAAUCAUUACUCACCAGAGAAUGUACCAACACAAAGUCCAUCUUAUAAUGUAUCUGAAGGAGUGAGGGAAAAUAAUGUCAAUAAAGUUUAUAAUCUUUCUACGGAUAUUGGAUCUCAUCUUACGAGCGAUUGUCAAAAUACUUCAUCCUUCAGAACUACCGAUCACCUCCCUCAACAACCGUUAUCAUCAUCACCUCAUAGUUCUGUAUCUGGUUUCAGAAGCUAUCAUUCAGAUGUAAGAAGAAGUUCUAGUGAUCAAGAUCCCAGAGAAUUACUCAGUUCUUCAUUUACUCAACCCGACAAUCUUUCUUUGUCAAGUUUGACAGAUUUAAGUUGUCUAGAUUCAGAUAAUUCUUUUUCUAAUCAUGACUAUGGAACUUUAAAUUUUUCAAUACCAGUUUCUAAUACAGUAAAAACUUUAGAACGAGAAAUUAAAGCCUUAUCAAUGAAAGUCAACAAUGCUUCCAAAAAUGUAAGUUUCUUGUUUUUUUCUGCUUAA